UUUCCCCUCAGUCUCGCACCAGAAGCCAGGUAGUCACCAAGUCGUCAGGUCGACUGUGCGGUGCCACUGGGAAAGCGUGAAUAGUGCCCGUCAGUCUUGUAGUGCCGUAGGAGACUCGGCAAGGCACUGUUGGUGGUGAUUGAGAAGUUACUCGCUUUGUCAUCUCAUUUCACGAGCCGCGAGAUGGAGCCACGUGUGGUGAUCGUCCUGGCACUUCUGGGAGCAGUCUCAGCGGCUCCUCAGCUCUGGUUGUCCGAAAAAUCACACCUGGGCCUGGAACAAGCGCUGGCCGGCAGGAUUCCUGGGAUCUACAAAGGCUACGAGGGGCGAGGCAGUGACGUGAUCGUGCUCAACAUCCUGGGCUUGUCUAACCCAGUUGGCAGAGACGACUUCGACCUGGGCAGUCCUGAAAGCAACGAACUCCUGCCUUCAACAGGCGGCGUCCCUCUCCCAGAAGUAUUGAAGAGGCCGAGGAGGAGUUUUGGCAGCAGUGAUGACGAGGAAGAUCGCCCCGACCCUUUUGCGGGCCUGCCUCUCCUUGGCUCUCUGUUAGGUUCCAACUUGGGGAGAUGGUUUGACGAAACUUACGACGCCAAUGUGAAGUUCUUUAGGAGUCUGCGGAUUACCGGGAACCUUGCACUGACUCAGCUAGACGCCAUGCUGGAGGAGGAUAAGAAUAACGGAACAAUACGAGGAUGAGGAGCAGGAGUAGCAGGAGGAGGAGCAGGAGGAGGAGCAGGAGGAGGAGGAGGAGGAGGAGGAGGAGGAUGUGGUGGUGUUGGUGGUGGUGGUGAUGGUGGUGAUGAUGGUGGAGUUUAUUUACAACCUUUCUCUUUUCAUUUUGUUGUUUCUUUAUUUGUCGCUGUUGCUUUUGUUGUGAUACUAUCUAUUAUAUUUGUUUAUCACUAUUCUUAUUAUUACUAUUUUUAUUAUUAUUAUUAUUAUUAUUAUUAUUAUUAUUAUUAUUAUUAUUAUUAAGAAAGGUGGAGGCAAAAAGAGACACAGGUGUCAAAUGUCUCAACGUUAUCAUUAUUAUUAUUAUUAUUAUUAUUAUUAUUAUUAUUAUUAUUAUUAUUAUUAUAUUUUUAUAUUUUUAUUAUCAUUAUUAUUAUUACCGGUAUUACUUUGCACAAUGUCCUCAUUCCGUAUAUGAAUGUUUAUCUUUACUUGCUAUUCUAACAUUUCUAUUUUAUCGCAUGUACCUAAUUCUUAAUUUCUAUUUAGCUGUUGCAUUAUUUCUCUUCUUUCUUCCUCAUUUGAUUUAAUUUUCGCAGCAGUCUUGUCUGCUUUUCAGUCUUUUAGUUCCCCCUGUCAUAACUGCAUCCUUACUUCUUUUCUUUAUCUAGUUUUGACUUUUAAUUUUCCACUCCUCUUCUUUCCACUCCUCUUCUUUUCAACUUUCGUUUCAUUUCCUAUCUCCCGUCACUGUUUUGUACUUUUCCUUCUCUCACAUUUCUCUUUUCUACAUUUUUACUUGUCUCUUUCUAUCGGAGAUAAAAAUAAACAUAACUAACAUUUUUCCAAUUUUCAUGUAGAACUAUUAGAACUAUUUCUA